AGGUGCCCGUAUUCUUCCCUCUGUUCACACCUUUGAAUUGAAGGGGUUAGCAUUCGUAAUUUAAUGCACCAAACUUGAGCAGCUCCGGAACCACAACGGUUUAGCAAUUUCUCAAGCAACCCACAAAAAAAAGAGAGAAAAAAGGACACUUUGGCUGCUUUGGAUUCUUGGGGAGGAAAAGUCCAAGCGACCCCUUUCUUUGGAUGAAUUGGAGGAGAGAGAGGGGGAUGCAUCAUGCAUGGGGAAAUUGUUGAUGGCUUGUGGGCUCAGGCAAUGCUUUUUGCUGCUAGCCAAAAGUUCGAUUGGAAUGAUCCGGUAUGAGAACUAAGAAGUGGAUGAGUAAGAGAAGAUUCAGCAUUAAAGGGAGGUUGGAAAAAAUGCUAAAGUGUAUACGUUCCGCUGAGCAGUUAAGGGUAGAUGAAGUUCCUCAUUCAUCCGACUCCCUUGCUACUCGGGACUACUCAGCUAGUGGUGGCACUGGCUACUCAUCGCGGACGGGUGAGGUAGAAACAAAGGUGGAUAACAGCAAUAUCGAAGAAGCUGAGUCGUCUCUGCGAGAGAGUGGCUAUUUGAACUAUGAGGAAGCAAGAGCUCUAUUAGGAAGGCUUGAGUAUCAAAAAGGUAACACAGAAGCUGCUCUUCAUGUAUUUGAAGGAAUUGACAUUGCUGGUGUGAUUCCCAAGAUGAAAGUCUCCAUUUCUCGAAGAUGCGAGACCAACAGACGCCGUUCUCAAAGCGAUUCUGUCCCACCCAUGUCAAUGCAUGCUGUUAGUUUACUCCUUGAAGCUAUUUUUCUCAAAGCAAAGUCGUUGCAGGGCCUUGGACGGUUUGGAGAAGCUGCUCAAUCUUGCAAACUUAUUUUGGACACUGUUGAAUCUGCAUUACCAGAUGGCUUGCCCGAAAACUUUGCUUCAGAUUGUAAAUUACAAGAGACUGUAGGUAAAGCUGUUGAGUUACUUCCAGAGUUGUGGAUACUUGCUGGGGCUCCCCAAGAAGCUAUCUUAUCAUACCGGCAGGCUCUCCUCUAUCGUUGGAAUCUUGACAUUGAACUUGCUUCAAAGAUGGAAAAAGAAUUUGCAGUUUUUCUCCUGUACAGUGGUUGUGAUGCAAACCCUCCAAAUCUCCGUUCACAGAUGGAAAGCUCUUUUGUGCCAAGAAACAAUAUAGAAGAAGCUAUUCUGCUGUUGUUGGUUCUACUAGGAAAAUUUGGUGCUGGAACAAUUGAAUGGGACCCAUCAAUCCUUGAUCAUCUUUCUUUUGCCUUGUCCGUUUCAGGGAAAGUGAGGGCCCUAGCCCAUCAGGUUGAAGAAUUGAUUCCUGGAAUUAUGGGAAGACAAGAAAGAUUUUGCACUCUAGCUCUUUGUUACUAUGGUGAAGGUGAGGACUUGGUUGCUUUGAAUCUUUUGAAAAAUAUUUUAAAUAAUCGAGAGAACACAGACUGCAUUCUGGAGUUGUUACUGGCUUCGAAGAUUUGCUGCGAAAAUUUGGUUUGCAUUGAGGAUGGGACCAAAUACGCAUACAAGGCACUGUCAGAUUUGGAUGGAAAAUGCAGCCAAAUGUCGACUAUCGCAAAUUGCCUACUUGGUCUUUCCCUGUCAGCUAAAUCCAGAUCAGUCACUUCCGAUUCUGAAAGGAUUUUGAAGCAGUCUGAAGCAAUACAAGCACUACAAACUGCUGAUAAAAUUACGAAAGAUAGGAAUCCUUACAUUUUAUUUCACCUUUGUCUAGAACUCGCUGAGCAAAGGAAGUUGGAUAUUGCACUUUAUUAUGCAAAUCAGCUAUUAAAACUUGAGGCUGGGUCCAGUGUAAAAUCAUAUGCUCUUUUGGCACGAAUAUUGUCAGCUCAAAAACGGUUCAUUGAUGCUGAGACUGUAAUCAAUGCUGCUCUAGAUCAGACGGGGAAGUGGGAUCAAGGAGAACUGUUGCGAACUAAAGCAAAACUACAUAUUGCACAAGGCCAGCUGAAGAAUGCCAUAGAAACAUACACCCAUCUUCUGGCUGUUCUUCAAGUUCGGACUAAAAACUUAGGUGUUGACAAGAGGCUUUUAAAGAGUAGGAGAAACCAUAAUAGAAGUUUGGAAAUGGAGACGUGGCACGACUUGGCGAAUUUAUAUACAAGCUUGUCCCAAUGGCGGGAUGCUGAGGUCUGCCUUUCAAAAUCCCAGAGCAUCAAUCCUCAUUCUGCUUCCAGAUGGCAUUCUACAGGUUUGCUCUAUGAAGCUAAGGGUCUCCAGCAAGAAGCUUUGGAAUCUUUCAGGAAGGCAUUAGAUUUCGAACCUACCCACGUCCCAAGCUUGAUAUCCGCUGCCUGUAUUCUAAGACAGUUCGGUGGCCAAUCUUUACCAGUCGCCAGAAGCUUUCUCAUGGAUGCGCUACGACUUGACAGAGGAAACCCUUGUGCUUGGUACAAUCUCGGGCUGCUGUACAAAGCUGAUGCGAGGGCAUCAACGCUAGAAACAGCCGAGUGCUUUGAGGCAGCAGCCUUUUUUGAAGAACAUGCUCCGAUCGAACCCUUUCGAUGACCACCUCUACUUGUUGCACCUUCGAAACUAUGUAUGAUAGAAUCAGAAAGUGGUUUGUAAGAUAUAUAUAUAUAUUUUUUUUUUUUUGAAAUUAUACAAAAAGGUGAAUGCAUAGAAAAGGAAAAAUGUUGGUAUCCUUGUUUCAUCUGCUUCACUUGAAAAUAUAUAUGUGAAAGUUUGUUUGCUUA